CACACUGCCGUGCACGAGGCCGCACAAGUUUGCAGUAGAUGCAGAUGGUGAAGAUGAAAAGGAUGGGAGAGGGUGGAGGAAGUCAGCUUCGAGAGAGUGAAAUCAAGAAGUCACUGUCGAGGUGCACGGACUGAAACAAGACUCGGAUAUGAAAGGAGAGCUAAUGUGAGAGAGAGAAAAGAUCUUUGCUUUGUAGCCAGUUAAACAUCUGGAAUUGUGGGAUCCUCCCAAACUGAGAUGUUUUACUGCAUCGGACCUGCAACAUUUAGAGAGAAGCAAGCCCACCCUGCGACCUUUUCUCACCUCCAGUGCACUCACCGCCUAUUCUUUAAGGGGCAGAGAGGCAGAGGUAGCAAGGGAGCGAGCAGGCACUAGAAAGAGGAAGCAGCAUGCGUCGUAGUGGCUUCAACAUCAGCACUUCUCUGUUUUGUUAACCAAAUAAUGAGGCGCUCGGAGGAACAUUUCAUACUAGCUACGACCGAGGCAUCAUGAGGCCGAAGCACCGCUGGACCGUCCUGCACGUGUUCAUCUUGGCAGGGAUGCUUCUCACCUUAAAAGCUGACGGUGAAGAUCCAGAUUGUGAAGUUGAAGUCAAAGUCCGUCAAAACACGUCUUAUGAAGCGGUCGUGGGAGAAGAGCUUCGGAUUAACUGCACAGUUGAAUUCUGCAGCGACGCCCCGCCUCCGGUCUCCUGGUACAAACGUGGGACGACUGACGUCCGUGUCAGCUUCAGCGGUCACAUUAAAACUGAGUGGAAACUUUUAAAUCCUUUCCUGGGGACAACGUUUUUGAUCUUUCAAAAGGUUCACAGAAACGACUCAGGUGUGUAUCAGUGUAGAAGUGGAGGAAGUGACAGCCACCACAUCAAGGUCUCUAUCGACAGUGUUGGAGAGCCUGCCAAUGUUACAGAGAACAACGACACGUCAGGAACAACUCGUGAACCCAAAGGAUAUACGUGGCUGUACGUGUACUCUGCUGCAGGGGUCGGGGCGUUCGUCAUCAUCGUGAUAAUCAUGUCGGUCGUGUCAAUGCGAGGGUGUGAAGGGAAAUCAAAGAAAGAGAAGCAAACCGAGAAUCAGUACACGGCGAUCCCCAUGGUCGAGCGACCCGCCUCGCACGCCAGCGGCCUUCAGCCGCCGCCGCCGUCCCGGAGGUCGAGCCGGGGGAAGACCCCGCCCUCACAGCCCAACGAGGUGCCUUCACCGGGAGGCAACGAGCACGCGUACGACUGGCUGAGAGAGGAAGUCGGGGGUUCUGUCGUGUACGCUGCUCUCAACCAUCGGCUUCCAGCGGCGGCUCGGCCGUGGAGGCCGAGCAAGGAGGCGUCAGAGUACGCGGCUAUCCGUGUUAAAGAACCGUCACCCACGAGACUAAAUCACUUCAAAGACAAAGACAUCUCACGCUAGGCCGAUGGACACCGAGGAGCUCUCAAUCUACCUGCGCCUCCAAAGAUGUGCCCAAUGCUAAAAUUAGCAUCUUCAAAAUGUCGUCGAUACUUUAAAUUCUUUGCUGGAAAUUCACAAACCGUGUUUUGGGGAAAUCCCGUUUCAAAACAAAUGUAACAACACAUUCAUUCGUGCACCAUUAAAAAAAAAGAAGUU